AAAUGUUUUGUUUCCACGCCAUAUUUGUUAGCCGGCUAGCGCUCAGUGAAGAGGCGUCCGACGCGAUCUCGGCACAAUCCGAAAUCAUCGGUGCUUUCCUGAGGAGCAUCGACUCCACAACUGCGUUUAUCACCGCUUCUACGCGUCUGUGUGUCCUCAGCCAAGGUUUUGGCCGCGAGCUCAACGCAGAAUUUAAAUAAAAACGAAGCGAUCGAGUCGCGUUCCCUUGAGAUCCGAGCAGGACUGUGACUAGCAGGGGGUCUCUCGCUGUUCGUGCGGAUUAUUUCCUUUUUUAAUCAAACACAACCCUCGAUAAAAUGGCUUGUGGGGCCACUCUUAAAAGGACUAUGGAUUUCGAUCCUCUGAUGAACCCGGCGUCUCCGAAGAGGAGGAGAUGUGCGCCCAUGUCUCCGUCCAGCUCCAGCGCCUCUCCGCAGAAAUACCUGCGCAUGGAGCCCUCGCCCUUCGGCAGAGUGUCUUCAGCCCUCACCACAGAGCAAAUCCUGAGCAACAUCAAGCAGGAGUACAAGCGCAUGCAGAAGAGGAGACAUCUGGAGAGCAGCUUCCAGCAGACAGACUCCUGCUGCCCCCUCGACUCACAGCCACACUCCUCCGUCAGCAGCACAGCCACACUGCCAGGUACAGCAUCACCUCACUAACCCUUCACUCCUCCGUCAGCAGCACAGCCACACUGCCAGGCGCGUCCUCUGGAUCGGCGUCCCCCUCCAGACGCGAGCAGCCGCUGUUCACGCUGAAGCAGGUGGGCAUGAUCUGCGAGCGUCUGCUGAAGGAGCGCGAGGAGAAGGUGCGCGAGGAGUACGACGAGAUCCUGACCACCAAACUCGCAGAACAAUACGAUGCUUUCGUGAAGUUCACCCACGACCAGUUGAUGAGGCGGUUCGGGGAGCAGCCGGCCAGCUAUGUGUCCUGAGCGCUGUCCUGUGGUGGCUCUCUGCCGUGAUGAGCUCCUGACACUCUGGGUCUCCAGCAGUGCCAAUCGCAUCUUUCCCCGCUGGGCACGGAGUUUGUGUCAGGCUUCUGUCAGUGCGUAACCACUCUCUCUCUGCAGCGGCUCAGUGCUUCCUGCCCUCCUCACCUGCAACUAUUACUCCAAUCACUGGCUCUUGUGUCUCUUACUGAACCCUGGAUAUUUAUUAGGCUUUGACGAUGCCUUUUAUACAGUCACCUGUCAUUUCAUCCUCGUUUUUUAUGUUUGAUUUUGUAAAAUGCCUUUUAUUCGCUACAAAUGACGUCGAUUGCCAUGAUAAAUGUGAGACGGUGUGUGAGGGAGACUGCUGUUCAUAGCUUUGUGUAAAUACAUCCCUGGCUUUCAUCUGGAGUUUUCAUGUACAAAUCAAAUACAGCAUUUAUUUUGA